AUGAAACUCCAGACGCCAGUCCAGGGGAGAGCCCACAGUCUUCUGGGCCAGAUGACUGCCCGAAAAGCUCAAACGAUGGGGCUGGGCCUCAUGGAUUUUGCCGGGCAAGGGGCGACCAAGUAUGUGGGACAGCAGAAGUCAACAAAUGAGGGCGACGCAUCGUUCAUCAAUUUGCGUCAGCGACCCAACAAGGAUGACUGGCCGCACCUUGUCAUCGAGGCUGGACUGCCCCAGUCUCUGCCACGACUGCAGUCCGCUGCGAGGUGGUGGCUCGAACACUCGGGCGGCAAAGUAGACCUUGUCGUCCUUCUCUCGAUCAAGCCAACGGAAAAAGAGGUCACGAUCAGCAAAUGGGUGCCGGGGCCCGUCUCAACUGCCAGAUACAGCUGA